UUAGUGUGUGCAGCCAAACAUGAUGGCAGACUGCCACAGAUCACUUCUGAGGAAAGAGGAGGCGUUCAGCUUCCUCAUAGUUUCACACCUGCAUGAAGCAGCCUCACCCUGACAGCUUCAAAUCACUGUGUCAGCUGAUCACUUCCUGUCCUGUGAUUGGCUGAGCUUCAGGCCUUCUCUCAGUCAAACUGGAAACAGGGAUUGAGACAGUGUGAGGGUUUGUGGAGUGCCACAGUGCUGUAAUGAAUCCUGUAGUGGAAGAAGUUCUUUCACACUCUUCAUCCUGGAGCUGCUUUAUGUCCAUGAUCUGCAUGGAAACACAUCUAUGGAGAGGAAAUCCAGCUGCUGAGGGUCACAUCUGCAUCAUUGUAGCUACAGUGGAUGUUUCAGUGUCAGGACUGAAGGUGGAGCUUUGUGCGUGUCAGGGUGAGGCCGCAGCAGCCGCCUCCAACCGGAGCGCUCGGGCGUGAAACUAGGAGGAAAGCCGACGUCCUCCUCUUUCCUCAGAAGUGAUCUGUGGCCGGCCGGACUUCAUUCCACAGAUGUGCUUUAACAAAGUGUGAAGCUGAACUCUGAGCUGUGACAGUGUGAGCAGUGUGAGAGUGUCAGUAGAUGAUCAGCAGAGGAAAGUGAGAGCUGCUGUGAGCUGAUGUCCUGAAGGGCUUUUAAAGAGUCUCUGAGUUUGACAGGAACAUGAAGAUGUUUGUGGUGUUUGUGAUCCUCCUGCACGUUUCCCAGCAUGCCUCAGCUGUGGAGUCGUAUGAGGGGGAGACGUUAAUCCUACCCUGCCAGUUUCCCACAGAACUAUUGCUCGACCCCACAGUGGUGUGGAGUCGCCCUCACCUCAGUCAACCAACCGUCCACCAGCGUCAGCUUCAAGGAGACGAACUGAAAGAUCAAAACCAGCAUUACAGCGGCCGAACAUCCAUGAAGACUGAUGCUCUGCAGACUGGAGACCUCAGCCUGAACCUGACCAACCUCCAACUGUCUGACAGCGCCACCUACACCUGCUCAGUCACAGACAUUAGAUUUGGCUACAAGAGACUGGGAGAUAUACAGCUGCAGGUCAAAGAACGGUUUCCAUCCUGGGCCAAAGCUCUCCUGGUUCUCCUGAUUCUUCUUGUGGUUUCUGGAGGUCUUUUAUAUUAUUUCCGGCACUAUUUCAUGUCAGUCCCCUGGGUGGGGGUGGAUUCAGGGGUGGAGUCUGUCCAGCUGAUCUGCAAAACCACAGUUUGUCUGCCUAAAGAUGCUAAAGUGGAGUGGAAGGACAAAGACGACAGAAAGGUCCACGUUUAUGAGAACGGCUCUGACCAGCCUGAAGAACAGGACGAUAAAUACAAGAACCGAACAAAGAUGAAGAGAAACUUACUGGAACCUGGAGACCUCAGUCUGACCCUGAAACACCCCACAGAUGGAGACAACUCCACCUACACCUGCACCGCCUACAGCAGGGAGGGAAACAUCCUGCUUAAGAAAGACGUGGAGCUGAAAGUCAGAGUGGAGCCCAUCUGCUGCAGAAAGAUGCCUCCUGUCCCAGAAAACAUUGAAGUUGUCUCUAAAGCCCAGGCUGUGGGAGUCACACACAGAGGAGAGCCAGGUGUGGAGGCCGAGCAGCCGCCCAAACGCCCCACGGCCACAGGUGGGAGUGGGGCCGGAGAUACAAACACUACGGUGGGCUUGUUUCACAGCCUCACAAAGACACACAAAGUCCAGUUUGAGGAAGUGGGAGUGCUGUUUGGAAUCCAGUUUGUGCCCAUGUGGAUAAGGAUGGUGUCGGCCUCCGGACGGGAUCGUAUUCUGCCAGGAAACUUGUCUAAAAUGUCCCAGAGCGUCGGGCCGGGAAAAGACAGAGCGUACGCCUCCUUUAUUGUGAAAUUCCUCACCAUGGUUCUUCCCCACUGCAUCCACCGAGCCUUCAUUGUUGUUCUUGCCAUGUGUGAUGGAGAUGAUGGCGCCCAGCCCGAUGGAGGCAACACUUUACAGUUCAGUCGAGCCCAGUUGAUGGUCCUGCCUCCACUGGACUCAACCUCUAGCUCAGCCACCCUCUGCUGGUCUCUUAUAUUGCAGAGAUAA